AUGGAUGUGUCGAGUACUGUGCAAGUGGAGGUCAACGGUGAGAGCUCCGGCCAGUCCAGCCCCACCACUGAAGCCCAGCACACCUACAUAACCGUUGCAAGCGAGGGUGGUAACGGCGUGAACUACCAUGUGCAAUACGUGGAGCCUCAGGAGCUGUACGGGCAGAACCACCAGCAGCAAGCUAUGGAGACGCUGCGCACGUACCCGGUGUACGGCGUGGCCACGGUGGGCAGCGGCGACGCGGGCCCCAGCGACUGGCCCGCCGGCGCCGCCGCCGACUACACGGCCUACGGAGUCGUGGUGAGUCUGAACAAGGUGGGCGGCGAUGAGACGGAAGCAGAGGCCGGGUCUCCGCCGACGCCGCCCGCGCCGCAGCCGCGUAUGCCGCCUGCCACCGUGCAGUGGCUGCUCGACCACUACGAGACUGCUGAAGGCGUGUCUCUCCCGCGUUCGACGCUCUACGCGCACUAUCUUCGCCACUGCAGCGCGCACCGCUUAGAGCCCGUCAACGCGGCGUCAUUCGGCAAGCUCAUCCGCUCGGUGUUCCUCGGGCUUCGAACGCGCCGGCUCGGCACGCGCGGCAACUCCAAGUACCACUACUACGGCAUACGCGCCAAGGCGGGCAAUGACGCGCCGCCGCCGCCUGACGCUAACGAGGAGAAGAACGAUGCUAUUGAUGCGCUGGCGGGCAAUGACGCGCCGCCGCCGCCUGACGCUAACGAGGAGAAGAACGAUGCUAUCGAUGCGCUGGAGGUCCGCGAGCCAGAACCAGAGCGCGAGGCGGUACACAGCCCGGCGGGCCUGGCCGGCCUGGCGCACCGGCAGUACCUGGGGCCCACGCCGGCGCCCGACCCGCCGGCCCUAUCGCUCGCCGACCACCCGCCCGACGCCGGCGCCGCCGCCGUGCGCGCGCUGCGGGACCACCACAGGUCGCACGGUGUGGAGUUCCUAGAAGCCGUGGCGGCCCUCGACAUCAACGCUGUGGAGCGUUCCCGCCGUGCCUUCUGGCGCCGUCUGCCUGUGCCGUCUCCGCGCAAGCUCAUGACACGCCGUGACGUAGCAGCUUGGCUGCACUCGGCCGAUCUGAAGCUGUAUCAACAGUGCGUGGAGUUCUUGCUGCCUGAUGUAUUGCGCCCUAUCCCGCCGCAGCUUACUCAGCUUAUGACGCGCCGUGACGUAGCAGCUUGGCUGCACUUGGCUGAUCUGAAGCUGUAUCAACAGUGCGUGGAGUUCUUGCUGCCUGAUGUACUGCGCCCUAUCCCGCCGCAGCUUACUCAGGCCAUCCGCAACUUCGCCAAGGGCCUGGAAGCGGCGCUGGCAGCCGGCGGGUCAGACGCGCCGGCGCCGGCGGGCCGAGCGCACGCCGCCGCCGCCGCCGCGCUGGCCGCCGCGCUGCGCCGCUACACGUCGCUCAACCAUCUGGCUCAGGCCGCGCGCGCCGUGCUCACCAACCACAACCAGAUACAGCAGAUGCUGGCGGACCUGAACCGCGUGGACUUCCGCGUGGUGCGCGAGCAGGCGGCCUGGGCCUGCUCCCGCGCCAGCGCCGCCGCCGCGCACCGCCUCGAGCAGGACUUCAAGGCGACACUAGGCCGUGGGGCAACCCUGGAACAAUGGGCAACCUGGCUGGAGAACUGUGUCAAGAACGCUUUAGCACCGCACGAGCGCCGCGCCGACUACACGGCUCGCGCGCGCCGGCUCCUGUUAGAUUGGUCCUUCUACUCCUCGCUCGUCAUCCGCGAGCUCACGCUGCGGUCGGCGGCGUCGUUCGGCUCCUUCCACCUGCUGCGGCUGCUCUACGACGAGUACGUGUCCUACCUCAUCGAGCGCCGCGUGGCCGCGCACCAGCGCGCGCCGCCCAUCUCAGUCAUGCAGCGGCCCAUGGUGAGCCACCCUCGACCUUUAGUUAGUUUUGCAGGGCAAUCGAAUACCGCGCUUAGCCUCAUGAUUGGGCCAUUGUGCGCGAUUUGUGGUUUAUCUUCCUACUCCAACCACCCCAGAUCCCCCCAGAAGGCAGGCCUCCUGUAG